AUGGGCGCCGCGCUGGCGUUUAUCAGAUGGAGAGCUUUGGGGAAUAUACAAAGUCGAUGGCUGCUGCCGGUGACUGCGUGGAAAAUGUUCUUCAUCGUUUCGGCCGUCAUCUCCACGCUGACGAUUCCGACGUUUUACCUGCAUCAAAUUUAUCAAGUCGACAAUUCAGAGGGGAAUUUGACGCUGGCAGAUUCUCUCAUCCCGCCCCACUACUCGAUGACGUUCAGCUCAUCCUGCGGUUUCUACAGGUUCAACUUGUGGAUGAUGGCCAUCAUCAUGAAGACAGUCCCCUGUAUCCUCCUCCUCUGGUUUACAAUCGCUCUCGUCUUGAAGUUGAGGGCCACCGACGAAAAACGGCAUCAUCUAUACUCCAAGAGCUUCCGGAAGCAUAUUAAAAAGACUACAGUACCCGACAGGACAACUUAUAUGCUUCUCGUGCUGUUGAUAGUAUUUCUGGUCACAGAAUUGCCGCAAGGGAUCAUUGCAUUGUUAAAUGGAAUGUACACCCACGAGAUCAACAAGUACAUCUACGAAAACGUGGCCGAGCUGUUGGACAUGCUAUCCCUCGUCAACUGUUCCAUGGAUUUCAUCCUCUACUGCUGCAUGUCUUCCAGAUACCGCCAAACGUUCGGCCAUAUGCUAAUCCGGGCCGAGAGUUGGCUCCGGAAUAGGUGGUACCGCAAUCGAGACGAGUUCGGGAUGCCUGGAAGGCCGAAGAAGGAGCUACGG